GGGGUAUAAAUUGUUAUGAUGUGUUUAAAGAAGAAUAUUUUAUCCUUCGUGCUGUUAUAGUUAAUUGGUCAGGUGAUACUCUGAGGUUGACAAAAUUAAUAGGUGUUUGUACAAACCAUAUCUAUUAUCCUACAACUCCACCUUCAAAUUUUAAUUCAAAAAGAUAUUGUCCAGCUAAUCUACCAAAUAGAACACAUAAAGAAUGGAAAGAAAAGCUUAAGAAAAUCUGUAAAGCAAAAUCUGAAAAAAGCGAA